CAAAUAGGAACAAAUGCAAUUUCAACUGUGGAACAGUACUAUCCAUGCCGUCCCCCGGGUCACUUCAAGAUAUUCAAGAACGAGACCGUCAACGAAGAGCCUUUCAAUCCCGACUAGCGACAUCCCUUGAAGAAGAAGACGAUCCCCUUGCCAUUUAUGUACAGUUCGUACAGUGGAUAAACAACAACUACACCGAUAAUGAUCCAAGCUCGGGUUUGCAGGAGGUCCUGAAGGAAGCUACCGCGACAUUCAAAAACGACAGCACAUACAAAAACGAUCUUCGAUACCUCAAACUAUGGACACAAUAUGUACGCACCAUGGAUCGUUCUGCUGGAAUUGCCGCAUACGCGUCGUUGGUGAAGAAUCAAAUCGGAAUAUCGUAUUCGAUUCUGUAUGAGGAAUAUGCUAAGCUACUGGAGGCAGAGGGAAAAUUCUCGGAUGCUGAACAUAUUUUCCGUUCUGGUAUUAAGCGCCAGGCUCGUCCUGUAGAGCGCCUCAAGUCCCGAUACCGAGAUUUCAGAACCCGCAACGGUUCAGUGUCUUCAUCGGCUGCUGUAGCUUCCACCAGUGUGCCCUCUUCUAGUACCCUAUCCACUGGCCCGACCGCUUCAACCGCCCAGUCGCGCUAUGCCUUGAUGCUCGCUCCGCCGGCACCGGGAAAACGACCGGAAAAGCUACGCUACAAUACCUCUCUUCUUUUUACUGAAGAAGGUGUAGAGUAUAGCAUCCAAGAGGCUCGAGCGCGAUCGAUGGGGCUUCUGGGCAAGAAGUGGACUGCGUUACCGACAAGUAGGAUUGUUUCCGCUUCGUCUUCCACCUCAUCUGUCCGAGUAACAUUUGAUGAUGAUGGACAAAAGUCUCGCACCCAGGGUUAUGGAGCACGCCGGAAGAGCAUGAUGAAUGGGGAACCUACGGUCACGAUAAAUACCAAGGAAGCCCUUGCAGAUGUCUUUGGAAUGUACAAUUCCCCGGAUAAGACAAUGAAGCUUUCAGGCCCAGGUAGCAAGCAUGCCCCGUUGAGAAAGGUAGAGCCUAUGACUUAUACACCAAAACAAGUCCAACCAUCCACGGAAACUCAAGGUGGAGGCUUUAAACCCUUUGUCGAUGAGAAUGCUGGCUCCACCCGAAAGGAGAAUAAACCGAAGUUUACCCCAUUGGUUGAUUCGAGCGAGAACAAGGAAAUGGUGCCGACAAACAGGCCCACUUCAGUGCUCAAAAAUGCCCCAACUUUUUCUGCUCCAAGCGCCUUCUCGUCCAGAGGCCUCAAAAACAGAACAGCCUCAGAGCCUGACAUUAUUUUCUCAAAAGUCUUCACCCCUGCAAAUCCCAAACCGACUUUGCCUCCCCUUCGCGAGGCCUUCACGGAAGACCACGGAAGGGCAAAACCCAAGCCUAUCCACACACACGAGCGCGCAAAAUCCUGUCAAGAUGUGCUUUCACCUCCAUCAGAUAUUCGUCCUGCUGCGUUCACUCCUUUCAUUGACGAAAACAAUCAACGGACGCCGUUCAAAGUUUUCAGUCGCCCGCCGGAAGCAGAGAACGUUUUUACUCCUAAAACCCCUGCCUCAACUUUCAAACCAUUUGUUGACUCCAAGCCGACAUUCACCCCUUAUCGCGAUGAGCCGACGCCCAAGUUGGACCAGGGAAUCGAUCCAGUUUCUCAUGCUUCCUCUCCGAAUUCAAUAUCGGAUGUUUCUACCGAGGCAACCGAGACCGUCGAGGAAUUGCCGGUCGAAGAAGCGGAAGAAGAGACGGAGGAGGAUAGCUAUAACGACGACUUUCCACAAGACGGAUAUGUGCCAGAGGAGUAUGAGACACCUGUGGAAGGUCAUGAUGAGUCUGUCGAGUACCCAGACGGAGAAGGUUACCAAGACGUCCCUCUCGGUGGACGGUUCGGGCAGUUCAACGUCAUGACACCCAUUACGGAACGUACAUUGGAGUAUACCAGCACUCGUUCUGUGUUCACCAGUACUCCUGGCGGUCAGCAUCAUGAAGAAUAUGACUUUCUGGACAGAGAAAAUGAACAGGCAGACGAGGACGAGAAUCAAUGGGAAAAAGUCCAGCCUUGGCCGACGAAUCCUCCUAAACAUUCUUCUGAGGAAGAGCUUUCUGCUCUAGAGGUACAGGCAGGCAAACUCAGUCUUGCAGAUGCAUUGACACUGUCAGCCAGUUUCCGGCCGUCCAAUCCGUGCAACCCAUUUGACCCUUCGAUUUUAUCCACUAUGCUAUCCCUUGUAUCGUCAGAUGAAGAUUAUUAUGAUCUUCGAGAUCAACAGUCGAACCUAUUGGACGGCCUUCAGAAGGUUGCGAGGAAGGCGAGGAAGACAAGUGGAGGCUCGCACACAGGUGUGCUGGACUUUUCUUCAUCACUACCGGUGACAUUACACGGCCGACGAUACCGAGUUCUGGAUAAGCUCGGUGAAGGAGGUUUUGGGGCUGUGUUCCAAGCGAAGAGUCUUGGAAUAUGUGACGAGGAUGAGGACGAGGAUGAUCUUGAAGACGACGAGGACGACCUCCAAGCUAUGAUUGCACUCAAAGUUGUGCGGCCCCGGAAUAUCUGGGAGUAUCAUGUGCUGCGGCGAUUGCACUCGGUUCUUCCUCUUUCUCAUCGCCCAUCCGUUGUGCUACCUCAUGCCUUAUUUGCCUUCCGAGACGAGAGCUUCAUGGUAAUGGAUUUCUGCUCGCAAGGCACGCUGCUUGGUGUCGUGACCAAAGCCGUUGCAGCUGGCGUACACCAGCAAGGCGCGUGCUUAGAUGAGCUCCUUGUCAUAUUUUUCGCCAUCGAAUUGACAAGAUUAUUGGAGGCCAUGCACAAGGAAGGAUUCAUUCAUGGUGAUCUUAAGAUCGACAAUUGUCUCCUGCGCCUAGAAGACGUUCCAGGAGGUGCGUCGGCUUGGUCAAGCGUCUAUCAGGCCUCGGGCGAAGGUGGCUGGAGCAGUAAAGGAAUCAAGCUUAUUGAUUUCGGCCGCACUAUUGACACCAGGCUCUUCCCCUCUGGACAACAGUUCAUCGCUGACUGGGCCACUGACGAACGGGAUUGCUUUGAGAUACGGGAAGACAGACCCUGGACGUACCAGACGGACUAUUUUGGUCUUGCUGGAAUCGUUUACUGCCUUCUUUUUGGCAAGUAUUUCCAAAGCAAUUCCAUCAUCAAUUCUGGAGGGCGUUACAAGAUCGCAACACCCUUCAAACGGUAUUGGCAGACAGAUAUAUGGAACGAAUUCUUCGACUUGUUGUUGAAUCCUUGUCAGAUCAGGGAAGAUGGAAAUUUACCUCUGUGUUCGGAGCUGGAGUCGAUACGAGUGCAGAUGGAGACGUGGUUACAGGCUAACUGCAAUCGUACUAGCAACACGUUGAAGGGUUUGUUAAAGAAAGUCGAAGUGGCAUGCCUACGUUAAAUAUUUCACAGUAAUUUGGUUAUAAUUUAUAUGGUAGUGUUUUAGUUGGGCGCUUGCUAUGUAACAAUGUAUCGGUACAGCCAGGGGACUGAGCUGGGUUGCGGCAGACAGCAAGAUAGCAAUGAUAUUCCAGAAAUCCACAACA